AUGCCCGGCCGCACGGCCUCUGGCCGCCCCCCAGCCCACCCCACCCCCAGAGUAACCAGCGCGGCUCCCACCGGAGCUGAAGACGACGAAGUGGCUGCCCCGACGGAGAAAGAUAUCCGGAUCCAGAGGGUAUAUAUAAACCUGCUGGACACAUAGGGCAGCGGGAACAUCAGGAGGUUUCCAUCUAACUGUGUAGUCGGGGCUUCACUUGAAGAAAUUACAGAAGAGGAAGAAGAAGAUGAAAGCAAGUCAGCUAUGCAGGAAGCCUCCUCAGCCAAACUGACGGAAGCCACGUUCCAGAUCACAGGCAUGCUUUCCAAGCCCGAAAACCUUCGGCCCAGCUUUGCGGUGGAGACAUACUGUGCCACCUCUCAAGAAGUCCUUCUGGUGCUGCUGGAGUGUGAUGCUACUAUCUGUAACAUCACCGAGAGCCUGCAGCAAAGGGAGGCAUUCAUCUGUGCGGUCUCUGGGCAGUGA